AUGGCGAAGAGCGCAUGGUGGGUUUGGGUCCAGGAUGUGAAGAAGUCCUGCGGCUUUGCGCCACAGUCGGCCACGCCCAUGUGGGCUCAGAGCUCGGUGGGCAGCAGGGGGGCCCGGGCCCAGGAUUUGGGUUACGAGGCGGGCUCCGUGCCCGGCAUGAGCGAGGACCUCCUCGAGCAAAGUCGUGCGCCGAAGCCUCGGCCGGGUGGAUCUUUGGAGGAGAAGCUCGAGGCCGUCAUCGACGUCUUUCGGGCCAGUCAGCGGCACCUCGAGAGCUGUCGGGAAGCUUUGAGGAGACAGGCGCUGGAGAGGCGCCAGGCGGAGGGCCGGGAGCGUCUGCCUGCAGAGGUGGAGGAGGUCAUCUCCGGGGGAACGUACCUUGACUCCUUCCUGGAGGCUUACGAUGGUCAAAGCUUUUUGCUCCACAGCGAGGAGAUUGUGCCCUGUCACGAGUACCGGCUGGGUCUGGAGGUGAACUCUGGCGGAGCCUACUGGAAGGGCAUCUCUAUCCAGGAGGCCGGCAGCCUGCGGCAUGACGUGCAAGCCGUGGCUGGUGCCAGCGGUUUGGAAGGUUCCAUGAAUAUCAUCUCGCAGUUCGGUGCUGCGCAGCGGGGUGCCGUCUUGGCCUGGCGAUGGCAACACGUCCUGGACGCGGGGCCUUACGACCUGCCGCCAUGGCUGGCCAAGGCCUUGGCCACGGAAGGCAACGACCCGCUGCGGAAGCUGCAGGCAGAGCUCGAGGCGGUCCGGCGCUGGGAACACCAGGUGCAGCUGGACACCUGCAAGUACAUUAAAGCCAACAACGAAGUCAAGGACAUUUACAUUCGGGAGGUGUUGAGACUGUGGCCAUCCGAGACAGACCAUCAGGGUGUAGAGGUCUGCAAGAAGUGCGCAUGGGUGGAGGGCCUCGAUGCCACACUCUUUACCUCGCGGAACAUCCUGGUCCAGCGGGUGCCCUACGACGACAGCCACGGCUUGGCGCUCCAUGCUUGCAUCGCGCGCCGACAAGUGGAUGAAAAGGACAAGGAUCAGAGCCCGCCUUAUCGGCUCAUCACCACGUGGGUGUGGGUCCAGGCGAGCGCGGCCAGCGCGGCCAGCGCGGCCAGCGCGGCCACGGUGGAGGCCCAGGCCCAGGAGGCCGUGGCGGCCGUGCCCUUUAAAGCUCCUUGCGGCCCUUGCGGAAAGGCCAAGGCCACCAUGGCGCCAUCGGCGCCAUCCUCGUCCUCUCGGUCUCGGACCGGGAACGGAGCUCGGGCCUCAGCCCGGGACCUGGAACCAGGACGAGUUGCGUCUUGUGAUCGGCUCUCAAAGAGGGUCCUUUUGUCGUUGUCCUUGUCGAUGAUUCAUUCCAGGGUCAAGGAAUUAUGA